AUGCACCUAACCACAUUAGCAAUUGUGAUUUGCGCUGCGCAUCAAACAGUCUCCAUACAGGGAGACUGCAAAUUUUUAUAUAAGAGUUUUUCAAAUUAUAAGCCAGAGUAUCAAGAACACUACAGGAAGUACUUCAAGGACUAUAUUUUUGACAAACGCGAUCUGUUUCUGAGUUACGCAGUAAUUCCAAACAACUGCCAUGUAACGGAAAAAUUCCUCGUCACUGCCAUCAUUUUCACGCAGGGAAGGGAGCCUGGUGCUCGUGACUGA